AUGGAUUGGACAAAGGGAGAGGUUUUCUUAACACUUUUGUACUUCAUGACGGCCGUUGGGAUUAUUCAGAUGCUAAUCAAGUCCUACAUUUCGACUUACUGCUACACACAAUACACGGAGUUGGUUAAUUGGAUUAGGAGUCAAUAUAUGGAGAUCAGUGUUCAAGGGUUAAUGAGAGAAAUUGUCGAAAAGAACGUCCAUUCAGCCCUCAAGCAAUCUAAAUUGAUUGUAAUGAUGUACAUUAUGGUAUUUGCAAUGGCUCCACUUGGUUACAUGCUAACAGUCAUUAUCAGAGAAGGAUUUCAUGCAGUUAUCAUUAUACCUUUCAUCCCCUACGAUCAUCCAAAUGCUAGAGCUAUCUACUACAGCGUAGAAUUUCCUUACACACUUAUGGCGGGACUUUUGAGUGGAAUAGGCGAUUCUACAAUCAUAAUUUCAGGAAUCCACGCCAUGAAGGCCAUCGACACCAUUAAUGAAUUAAUUGCAUUAAUGGACAACAAGGAGAUGGCAAAUCAGUGCUCAAAUCUUCUUAUUGUCAUCCACAAGAAGCAUGCCGAAAUCAUAAAGAUUCUCUCAACACUUAACGAAAUUAUGUACUCUGUGUCACUCAUUCAGCUCUUCACGAGUACCUUUAUGUUCUUGGUACUCUUCACGUCAGCACGGACACAACCCAUGGAAAUUGUUUUUUACCUCUUUAUGCUGUGCGUGGUGUCACAACUUUUCCUCCUUUGCGCCUUUGGGGAGGUAAUUUUUUCAAAAACUGAAGCAAUUUUCACCCAACUCUACCUCACAAAGUGGUACGAUAUGGGCUUGAGUAAUCAGAGAAUAAUCCUCAUGAUGAUGCGUAUGGCAGAGCAACCGUAUGGCUUGAAAGCCGGUGGGAUGUACGACAUAAACAUGUACACCUUUAUUCAGAUUGUAAAAAUGGCCAUUUCCUAUUGUGCCAUCAUCAUUACGCUUGCCUAA